CAUCGGAAAAGUCGCUUCGGAUGCAUCGAAUGCAAAAAGCGACGCGUGAAGUGCGACGAAACAAAACCAGUAUGCCGGAACUGCUCGAGAAGAUCAACACCCUGUCACUUCAGCAAUCUUACUAGCACCUCGCACCCUACGCCAUCGCCAUCGACAAGCCCAUUGGACCAGCAUAUACCGAUCAUUGUCCAGUCGCCUUCGUUGCGCAGCUCGAUUUCUUCGCCACAACUAGGCAAUGCGUCGAUUGAUCUUGCCAGCCUCGGGUUUGACCUCUUCGAUCUAGAAAUCUGGCAUCACUGGAACACUGUUGUUUGCUAUACAUUUUCCGAAGACGGCGACAAAACUUUCCUACAAAAUAUUCACAAGAUUGCCUUUGGCAACGCAUAUGUCGCUCAGCUCAUCCUCGCCGUUUCCGCCCUUCAUUUGGCAAGAACGGACGCAAACCGAAGAUUGGCCUGCAUGACUAGAUCGAACGCCCAUCAGAGUAGUGCUAUGAAUGGCAUGAUGGCGGUUAUGUCCGAUAACACCAACAAGAACUGUACUGAGCUCUACAUGGCUGCUUGCAUGUUGGUUUUUUGCAGCUUCGGCAAAGGUCCGCAGCCUGGACAAUACCUCGCGUACAGUGACUAUGGCGAACCAGAGUGGUUCGGUCCACUCAAUGGCAUCAAGUCAAUACUUGAGCAGAAUCGAUCACAGAUCUCUCCUGAAGUGCGGCCAACAUUCAAGCCGGACCAGAGCAUUGAUAAUCGAGUACCGGCGGAAACAGUACUACCUGGAUUUACCCGGCAAUUCGACCGGCUAAGACAGUCCAUCGAACUCUUGCAGGCGGAAGAUCCAUCUUUCAAGAAAUAUCUCGAAGCUCUGGAUCGACUUCACGACUGUUACGUUUCCACCUUUGAGUAUGAUGGACAAAAAGGCGUAAAGAUCUGCUGUCACAUGGUUUUCGCCUUUUUGUACCGAUGCAAGGAGGACUACACCAGCUCCAUUCAAUCGAAACGACCAAUGGCGCUAGUGAUACUGGCUCAUUACCUCGUACUGCUGGCCCAGCUGAAGAAGGAAUGGUAUUUGGAAGGUUGGGUGCCACACAUCAUGACGGCGAUCCGAUCUCACCUACAUCCCUCUUACGCGCAUUGGCUAGAGUGGCCUUCUCAGCACGUGUGA